AUGUCGCGGGGGGGGAAACUGAGGGAAGAUCCUCGGAGCUGUGAAAGCUUCUGGGGGAGGCAGACGUCUCUUGCCACUUUGUCCCUUAGUGCCGCAGAGGCAGCCGCCCUGGAGCGGGAGCUGCUAGAGGAUUAUCGCUUUGGGCGGCAGCAGCUAGUGGAGUUGUGCGGUCAUGCUAGUGCCGUGGCUGUGACCAAGGUGUUCCCCUUGCCGGCUCUCUCCCGGAAGCAGAGGACAGUGCUGGUUGUAUGCGGCCCGGAGCAGAAUGGGGCAGUGGGGCUGGUCUGUGCCCGGCACCUGCGGGUGUUUGAGUAUGAGCCGACCAUCUUCUACCCCACACGCUCAUUGGACCUGCUGCACCGGGACCUGACCACCCAGUGCGAGAAGAUGGACAUUCCUUUUCUGUCCUACCUGCCCACUGAGGUGCAGCUCAUCAAUGAAGCCUAUGGGCUGGUGGUGGAUGCCGUGCUGGGCCCCGGCGUGGAGCCAAGCGAGGUUGGGGGCCCCUGCACCCGAGCGCUGGCCACGCUCAAGCUGUUGUCCAUCCCCCUCGUGAGCCUGGACAUUCCCUCAGGCUGGGACGCGGAGACGGGCGGCGACGCUGAAGACGGGCUGCAGCCCGACGUGCUGGUGUCGCUCGCGGCGCCCAAGCGCUGCGCUGGCCGCUUCUCCGGGCGCCACCACUUCGUGGCCGGCAGGUUUGUGCCCGACGACGUACGCCGCAAGUUCGCUCUGAGCCUGCCAGGCUACACCGGCACCGACUGCGUGGCGGCGCUGUGACCAACACCCGCGCCCCGCCGCCCGGACCCGCGCCAAUAAACAGCCCCUCCCCGCAC